GAAAUAGAUAAAUUUGUGGAAAAAAUGUAAUCGUCUACAGCAUAUAACUGUCAUAAUCCAAAAAGAAAACGAUCACCACACACAACACAUCGAGACACAAUUUUUUUUUAUUUUGUUUUCGUUUGCCAAUUUGUAAAAAAUAUAGAAUAUAUUUAUAUAUCUAUUUUUGAUUUUGAAACCAAAGAAUAAGCAAGUGCGUACAAUAACAGACAUUUUUUAGAAACUCGAAAAAUAAAUUGUGAUGCAAUAGUUUCUGAUACAGCAACUCAAUUAAAGUGUACUAAACUUGAAAAAAAUUGACGAAUCAUUCAUAUAAUUUCGUCACUUCGUCAGUGUGUACUACGAUCGAUAUAAGCAGAUUGAAAUUUGUGAGGUCACAUUAUUUCAUUUGCUCAUACGAACAACAUAGUUAAUUGAUUGUAACUUGAAACCAAUUUUUUAUGUGUUGAAGAACGCAUUGUUUUUGUUUGUUCACUUCGUAUGUGAUUGAAUUUAUCUCGAUGGUGUGAUUAAUAAUAUCAAAACGAGAACAAGAAUUGAAUGCGCAAAAAGUGAAUUUUUGAUUGUGACAGAGAAAAAAAGCGCAACAACAACAAUAAAAAGAAAAGGUAAAAAGAGAGAGAAACACACGGUGUAUGUGAGAAUAUUCAAAAAAAAAAAAUUUGUUUUCGUUAACGAAGAGCGUGUGGAUGCCAAAACAACAAUUUUGUGUAUUUAAUUGGUGUGUUUUAAUGUUCGUUCGGGAUGUUGCAAUAAAAAUACAAAAUUUCUCCAUCACAAUUUAAACGAAUGAAAAGUGACUUAGUCCAUAAUUGUGAUUAUUUGUUGAAUCGUGUGUGAAAAAUUGAAGUGAAAACGAAAUGUCGACGGAUCCAGUGAAAUCGAUUGAAACAAAUGACGUGAACUAUGUGUGGAACGCAACCGAAUGGGAUUUCAUCCCCGACCCAAUUUUAUUGAAAAUUCUAACCCAAUUACCUGUUCGUGAUAUUUUAAAUGUAAGUGAAUGUUGUCGACGAUGGAAUGAUAUCAGCAAAGAUGAUUAUCUAUGGAAGAAGGUGUUUCAACGCGAUUUUAAAGUCGAUAAGUCGAUUGCUUUAAAACCAGGCGCUGAAUCGUGGUACAAGGAAUACAAACGCUUGACUUAUAACAUACCGAUGGUGCUAACCGAUGAUCUGCAAUUUGCUCAUGCUCACCAAGUUUUGCAUGUCAGCUUCUCUCACAACGGCCGCAUGUUUGCAACUUGUUCAAAAGAUGGUUUCGUUCAUAUAUGGAAUUCAUCGUAUCCUGCAACAAUCAAAUACUCGCAUGACAUGAGAAAAUUUAGUUGGAAAUAUACUCAAUACUCUCAAUUUAAUCAAAGUGAUACAUUGUUGUUGGUGUCUGGUGUACAUUUUGGGUCGCCACACUCAACAUCCGGUGAAAUAGCUGUGUUCAGUGUAACAGGCGAUUCACAUUUACGAUGCCGUGUUGUGAAUCGACCAUACGACAUCUUUGGCACUUGGUUCAGUGACCAGCAUUUGAUUUCGGGCGAUCUACACUGGUUGGCACAUUUGGUUAGCACAUCGGUGCUAUGGUUGAAUAAAGCAAAUCAAGAAGUCGAUUCAGAACAUGUUCCGAUCAUGAAUCAACUCUAUAAAUUCUAUAAUCGAAAUGCCAGCUCAAUUCGGGGAAUAAUGAUAGCGAACUGUCCGUGGUUGGAAGACGAUCAAAUCGAUGACACACAAAUGACAUCGAAAGAAUCAAAUAAUGAACCAUCAACGUCGUCGGAUGAUGUUAAACGGGCUGGUAAUCCAUUGUCACAACCAAAACUGAUACAGAUUCCUACAACUGCUGGAGCUACCUCUGCUACAGUUGAUAGUAUUCAGUUUCAACAGAAUCGCGGCAUUGACAAUUCACGAUCAAUUCAUUAUUUGGACUCCUUUCGAGAGGAGUUCGAAGACAAUCAUUGUGACAUUGAUAACUCAUUCGAAGAUAGUGAUUUUGAUGAUGAUAGCCAAACAAUGGACGAAGAAAUGGAAGAUGAUUUUGAGGAUGAUGACCUUGAGAAUCUUUGCCCAAAGUACUUAAUCUUUUCAACUGGCUCAAAAACAUAUACACCUCACCAAAUUGGCUUUAAGCGUAUACGAAACGUUAAUUUUCCAAAGAAACUUGAACCAGGGCCGUCACUCAAAGAACGACUUGCGGCCAAAGAAAGAGAGAAAGCCCUGCAGAACAACGAGCGUGUUGACCCAGAUUGGCUAGAUUACGAUUCAGUGGCAAAUCGAUUUGAUAAAGUAGACAAAUUGAUCGAUUUGCAUGGCCACAUCAUUGGCAUGGGGUUGAGCCCUGAUCAACGGUACCUAUAUGUGAACAGCAGACCAUGGCCAAAGGAUUAUAUCAUUUCAAAUCCACUGGAACCGCCGCCAAUUGCUCAAGAGAUUGAUAUUCAUGUCAUUGACUUAGCUACGUUGAAGAAAGUUGGAAAUAUGCUACGUUCACACAAAGCAUACACACCAAACACAGAAUGCUUUUUCAUAUUCUUGGAUGUUUGUGAUAAUUAUGUUGCCAGCGGUGCUGAAGACAUGCAUGCAUACAUUUGGGAUCGAUAUUAUGGAAUUUGUUUGGCCAAGUACCAGCAUACAGACGUAGUGAACAGUGUUGCCUUUAACCCACGUGAUUCGGAAAUGUUAGUUACGACCAGUGAUGAUUACACCAUUAAGAUUUGGCGAUCAGUUGAUCGGUGCCGUGAACUGAAUGCAACAGAGAUAAAACGGGCCGUUGAAUUUCGCAAAUAAAAUGGAUAUGCAAGUUAACUGGAGCGGGAAUUGAACUUUGUUACUUAAUAAAAUGCUCGAACGAUGUUUGUGUUCAGAUGUGCAAUUUGUCUGACAAUUAGAAAAGUGAUCAAAAUUUAAAAAAAAUAUACCUAUAUAUUUCAAAUUUAACUUAAUGAAAAAAAAUAUGUCAAAAUUAGUGCAUUAUAAUGAUAUUGCCAGAAGAAAGAAAAAAACAUGAAAA